AUGUCGGGCACCACAAUUGACGAUGUCGUGAAGCGACUCAGCAGUCCGGACACGGAUGCAAGAGUCAAGUUGGAUGCGGCGACGACCUUGCGCGACAGCUUAGAUCACUACACUACAGGAAACAUAUAUCCCCCCUUCCUGAAGCGAAUGGUACCGAUCUUCCUCGCCAUCCUGAGAGGACCAUGCAUAUUCCAGAGCCACUCCCCGGAGCAGAAACUGCGAAACUGCAUCCUCGAGGUCCUCAACCGAUUGCCAGCGACAGCGUCCCCGACCGAACCCUUCGAACCCUACGCGGAAGAGGUUGUUGAUCUGCUGAUGCAACUGGUCCGGACGGACAAUGAAGAGAAUGCGACGCUCUGUGUCAAGAUCAUCUCGGAUGUCAUGCGUCAUCAACACAAAGUCCUGCAGGGCAAGGUGCAGGCAUUCUUGAACCUGAUCCAGGAGCUUUUCGAGCAGAUGGAGAAGGUCGUUCGGGAACAGCUGGACAACACGUCACUUUCGACUGCAUCAAACUCUGGCGCACCAUCUACGCCAGGCAGCUCCCAGACGAACUUCCAGUCGCCUAGACCAGGUUCUCCCGUAGCGUCGGUCACAGAUCUCGGCCCGGAUCCCCAACAACAGAAUCGGUUGCUGCUGAAGGGCAUGCAGUCUUUCAAAGUCCUCUCGGAAUGUCCUAUAAUAGUGGUGUCAGUCUUCCAGGUCUAUCGAAAUACUGUUGCGUCCAACGUCAAGGCUUUCGUCCCUCUCAUCAAGGGGUUCCUCUGCCUCCAAGCCAGCGCGCAGAAGCAGGCCCAUGCCGAUGCCAAGGCCAGGGGACAGAUCUUCACGGGCGUGAGUCCGUUGAUCAAGAAUCGUGCUGCUUUUGGCGAAUUCAUUACAGCUCAGGUUAAGACGAUGAGCUUUCUGGCUUACCUGCUGCGUCAAUACUCUCAGCAGCUGACGGAUUUCUUACCAACGCUUCCCGAGAUUGUGGUUCGACUCCUGCAGGACUGCCCGAGAGAGAAGUCGAGUGCGCGAAAGGAGCUACUCGUUGCAAUUAGGCAUAUCAUCAACUUUAACUUCCGCAAGAUUUUCUUGCCCAAGAUUGAUGAGCUCCUCGAUGAGAAGACACUGAUCGGCGACGGCCUCACGGUGUACGAGACGAUGAGACCGCUGGCGUACAGUAUGCUUGCCGAUCUCAUUCACCACGUUCGCGACAGUCUCACCCCAGAGCAAAUUCGCAAGACGGUCGAGGUCUACACCAAAAAUCUCCAGGAUAACUUCCCAGGAACGAGUUUCCAGACCAUGAGCGCCAAACUCCUCCUUAACAUGGCAGAAUGCAUCGCCAAGAUGCCAAACAAGGUCGACGCGCGGCACUAUCUGAUCAUGAUCCUUAACGCUAUUGGCGACAAGUUCGUGGCCAUGAACAGACAAUAUCCAAACGCAGUGAAGCUCUCGAAACUAUACGCCCAGCAAGCCCUGGACGGAACCCAGGAUAGCUACCUUGCGGAUAAGGAUCAUCCGCCUGACUGGGAUGAGACCGACAUCUUCACUGCUAUGCCGAUCAAGACAUCAAACCCAAGGGACAGAGGCGCAGACCCCGUUGUGGACAACAAGUUCCUGUUCAAGAAUCUGAUGAACGGCUUGAAGAACACUUUCUAUCAGCUGAGAACAUGCAAUGUCAACAACGUCAUUGACGUGCAAAAUGCCCCGGCACACUGGCAGGAUGUUGCCUAUGGUUUCACAGCAGAGGAGGUCAACGUCGUCGUGAAGCUGUUCAGAGAGGGCGCCUACGUUUUCCGCUACUACGAAAUUGAGAAGCCCGCGACCGAGUCUCAGUACAUGUCACCCGUAGAGUACAUGGCCAACUUUUACAUGGUGUCAAGCAGCAAGGAGGAGAAGGAACUUCUUGAGACGUUUGCAACUGUUUUCCAUUGCAUUGACCCGGCGACAUUUCAUGAAGUCUUCCAGCAAGAGAUCCCUCACCUAUACGACAUGAUAUUUGAGCACACGGGAUUGCUACACAUCCCCCAAUUCUUCCUUGCGAGUGAAGCUACCUCACCAAGCUUUUGCGGCAUGUUGCUGCGCUUCUUGAUGGAGAGAAUUGACCAAGUUGGCUCUGCGGAUGUCAAGAAAUCGUCAAUUUUGCUCAGGUUAUUCAAGUUGGCCUUCAUGGCAGUCACGCUUUUCGCCAACCAAAACGAACAGGUCCUGCUUCCUCACGUCGUGGACAUCGUCACCAAGUCAAUUGAACUGUCGACAAAAGCCGAGGAGCCCAUGAAUUACUUUCUGCUUCUUCGAUCGUUGUUCAGAAGCAUCGGCGGCGGCAAGUUUGAGCAUCUCUACAAGCAGAUUCUGCCUCUGCUUGAAAUGCUGCUGGAUGUGCUCAACAACCUGCUCAUGGCAGCAAGAAAACCUGCCGAGCGGGAUCUCUACGUAGAGCUGUGCUUGACGGUGCCGGCACGUCUCAGCAACCUGCUGCCCCAUCUCAGCUUCCUGAUGCGUCCACUAGUAGUCGCCUUGCGCGCCAACACAGAUCUAGUUGGCCAAGGACUGCGGACUCUGGAGCUCUGUGUCGAUAACCUGACCGCCGACUACCUGGACCCUAUCAUGGCUCCGGUUAUUGACGAGUUGAUGACGGCGCUGUUCGACCAUCUUAAACCCCAUCCCUACAGUCACUUCCACGCUCACACGACGAUGCGUAUCCUAGGAAAGCUUGGAGGCCGUAACCGAAAGUUCAUGACUGACGCGCAACCCCUCAACUAUAAGGACUACGCCGACGACCCGACAAGCUUUGAUCUCCGCUUGAUUGGCUCCAAAAAAGAAAGAGCUUUCCCUGCAGAGACGGGUGUCGACUUCGCCAUCAGAAAAUUGAUGGAACAGCCAAAGGCCGGCAAGGGAAAUCAGUCGCGUCAAUAUGAUGGGUACUACAAGAAGCAGUCCUUCCACUUCAUCAAGUCCCAGCUGAAGAUGCGGAUCGGCUUCGAGAACUUGCCCGACGACUUGCCCCGACUUCUGCGCCUCCAGGCUCAAGACCUAGCCGCCCGAAAAAUCGACUUUGACUUCUCUGUGUUUGAAACACACGACAGAGAGCGAUCCAUUCCUAAGAAGGAUGAGCAAGAUGACCUUGUCAAGCGUUUGCUCAAGGCAGUCAUGUUCGCUGAGUCUUUGCCUGAUUUCAAGGAAGAAGCGCAGGCAUUCCUCAUGAAUCUCUGCAAACAUUUUACGAUCAUCGAGGUCGGCCGAGCCUUGGUCGACGUCAAGCGAGCUUACAACGCAUUCGAUCCCAAUGCCGGAGAAGGCCCACUCUUUAUUGAUACCCGGGUGCUCUCUGAUGCCAUUGUGGAAUCAUUGGCAUCGGAUCAUCCAGAAGUGCGGGAAUCUGCGCAGCGCGCGAUACGAGAGGUGUAUGACUCUGCUGUCACAAUCAUGGGCAACGAGCAGAAUGUUGCUAGGCUACCCUUAUUUAACAACUUGAGCACCACAUUCUGCCACGGCUGCUACGAAGAGGAGUGGUUCACCAAAACGGGUGGCUCUCUCGGGAUCAACUUCCUCCUCAACGAGCUUGACCUUGGUGACCAGUGGGUCGCGGGAAAGCAGAUAGAGUUCAUUCGCUCCCUUAUGUACGUCAUCAAAGACAUGCCCCAGGAUCUCCCUGAGAAGACCAGAAGAUCUGCCCAGGUCACCUUGGAGACUUUGUUGCAAAGAAUCACAAAGAACAUCAAGAAGGAGGAUGCCAUGCCACAACAAAACCCGGGUCAGCCGCCACAACAGAGGUCCCGCCUCGCACAGAUUUGCAUGCAGUUCAACACGGAGUUGGCGCACAUGAAUCGUCACGUUCGCGAGACUGCGAAGCGAUCACUCGAACUCAUCGCCAAGGCGGCCAACUGUGCCGUUUGGGAGUUGAUUGAACCCUACAAGGAGCGAUUCCUUCAACCGAUCUACUCUAAACCCCUUCGCGCCUUGCCGUUCCCCAUCCAGAUCGGCUACAUCGACGCAAUGACUUACCACAUGACCUUGCGGAAGGAAUGGGUUACUUUCGACGACAACCUGACCAGAUUACUUAUGGAGUCUUUGGCCUUGGCUGAUGCAAGCGAUGAGUCUCUGGCCAACAAGCCAGGAGAGUUUAGGACGCAUGAGUAUAUUGUCAAUCUCAGGGUAGCGUGUAUCAACAUCCUCAGCACCGCCACCAGUUUCGAAGAGUUUGCGCCGCUCAAGCAAGGCAGCCAUCCCACUCGUUCCAAGAUUGUCUCGGUGUUUUUCAAGUGCCUGUACUCGGACUCGAAGGCCACAAUCGACGCGGCAAACAGUGCCCUCAAGAAUACCCUCGAGGCCCAUCAGAAGCUUCCGAAGGACCUGCUCCAGGGUGGCUUGAGACCGGUUCUUGCCAGUCUUCAAGACCCUAAGAAGCUCACGACCCAUGGCUUGGACAACCUCGGUCGACUGUUGAAGCUGCUCACUACGUACUUCAAAGUCGAAAUCGGAGCGCGCCUGCUCGACCAUGUCAAGGUGCUUGCAGAGCCCAGCAGCCUCCAACAGCUCUCCUUCACCUUCUUUGAGCAGAACGCUCCGAUGAAGGUGAUUGCUGCUGUCUUCAAUAUCUUUCACCUUUUGCCGCCACAGGCCGAGGGCUUCAAGCAACGUCUCAUUGAUCUGGCAUUGGAGCUGGAGGAAAAGCUGCGCCGGACCCAUGAAAGCCCCUUCCGAGCACCUUUAUAUAAGUUCAUCAACCGAUACCCCAACGAGGUUUGGAACUUCAUUCUGCCGAAGCUUGAAGAUCUCAAGUAUGGACGCUUCAUCUCACAAGUGAUCCGCAACCCGGAGAGCGGCCCCCUCAGAGAAACUGUGUCUUCCAACGUUCAGGCCCUGAUUGACUUCUGCAACACCCUUAUUUCGCAAAACAAGGACACCAAGCUCGUUGCCGUUGUCAAUGCCGUUCACAUUCUUUACUCCCUCACUCUGUCGCCUGGAACAGACACUUGGCUGGAGAAGAAGGAGCAUCUGACCUGGUUGAAGCAAGUCGGCAAAGAAUUGGAGAAGCAGAUGCGGGCCCAUACACUUGCGCCCAAUCUGAGACUUCCGGCGUGCCAGGCGUCAGACCAGUUGAUGUCAAUCUUCAUCAAGUCUUUGGAACGCAGCCCCAAAGACCUUGAGUCGCUCUUCAGCCUGGUGGACUCGGUCACGAUUGACGACUUCCGUGCCUCACAGCCUCUGAUCGCUUACAUCUACAAAAACAUCGUCAGCAGCGACUCGCCUGAGUUCUGGAAGGUGACGAUUCUCAGAUGUCUUGACGCCUACCCCCAAAAGAACGUUUCUCAGAAAAUGAAGUGUUUCUUGUUGCACUACAUUGUCAACCCGAUCGUUGCCAUGGAUGUGCAGCGCCACUGGAACCAGCCGCCGCAGACUAAGGGUCGCUUCAUGGACAAGACCAUCAUCGAUGCUGUCAACACGAAGAUAUGGAAGAUGCACCAAGACACCAGCCAGCAUGACACUGACGAUCUCAUGCAGCCGGGUAUCGAUCACACCAAGUUCGAGGUUCUCCAGCUGUCGGCUAUGCUGGUGAAGUACCACUCCGUCAUUUUCCAAGAGGCCCGAAAGGAUAUCAUUAAGAGUUGCUGGACCUUUAUCCGACUGGACGAUGUCAUCAACAAGCACGCUGCUUACGUUGUGAUCGGCUACUUCAUCGCGCUAUAUGAGACGCCGGUGAAGAUCGUCACCCAGGUGUACCUCUCACUAUUGAGAGCAAACCAGAACGAGGGACGGGCCUUGGUCACACAGGCUCUAGAGCUAAUAGCUCCCGUUCUUCCCAAACGCCUCGGCACACAACCCCAUGAUCGCAACGCCGGAUGGGCGCUGGCUCCUAGAAAGAUCCUCGCCGAUGAAGGCCAAAACGUUCAGCAAAUGACCAGCAUCUUCCACUUCUUGGUUAGACAUCCUAACCUGUUUUACGAGUCGAGAGACAAGUACGCUAUGCUUAUCAUCUCGUCUCUGAGGAAAGUUGCUGCGCCACCCAACCCUUCGAACGAGUCUAAGAAGCUCGCUCUGAAUAUGAUGUGGCUCAUUUGGCUGUGGGAGCAACGGCGUGUUGACGGCAAGGGAGACGCAGUGUCUCGUUCCAUCUCCGAGUCACCGACAUCUAAGAAGCGCAAGUUGGACAACGGCGACCAGCCCAUGUCGUCACCUCCUACCGCCAGGCUAAACCUGGAACGUGGAGAGUAUGCCAUCCCGCCAAUUGCGCGCCAGAGAAUGAUCAAGUACCUGGUGGAGUUCAUUGCCCAACUGAAUGAGCGGUAUCAAUUGCCGUCCACAAAGGCAAGAGACAAUGCUUCCACAAACGGUCCCGCCAUGCCGCCCACGUCUACCGAGUUGUGCAAGAAGGCCAUGAGUCUGUUUUACAACCUUGUUCAACCCCAAUACUGGGGUGAUAUGGACAUUGAUCUCUAUCCCAACGUCACCGACGUGGUUCUGGCUAGCGACAAGACUCAGAACAUCCUCUCAGCGGAUCCCUCUGACGAGAAGUUUGAUGAGAAGUUCAUCACAAACAUCAUCAAUACUCUUCAGGUUGUUCGCAUCAUCUUGAAUUCCAAGUCAGAUGAAUGGAUUGCCAAGAACAUGACGUCGGUCCAGAAAGUCCUUGAUAAGUGUCUUAAAAGCGAGAACCCCGAGCUGCAGGAUUGCUUACACCUUGCCGAUAAGAAGUACGAUGAUGACCGCGAUUUGAAGGCAAUCAUCCAGAGAGUACUCGAUGCUGUUCCUGAGGACGUGCCGAUGGAGGAUGCCGACGGUGAGGGUGAGACGGAGUCACAAAACUCUGAGAUUAUCAACUCUCUGUCAUCGAUUGCCGGCGAGGCUAUGGCAGCAGGACACUAUGGAUCUGGAGUCAAUAUUCUGUGGUCCUUGGGCAACCGCAAGCCCUCCGUCAUUGACCAGCACAUUGCAGUCCUCAUGAAGGCCCUGCAGAGCAAGUUGGCGCGCGAACAUGUCCAGCAUUACACGGCCGUCGCCAACCACCAGGCCGGGCAGCCUCGAACCCAGGAUGCAAACACGCCAACGGGCGAAAUGUCUGCGUACGACCUUGAGGUUUCAACUGCUCUCAUGACCAAGGCUAUCCAGGUCGUUGCGCUGCGAAUGGAAGUUCUGGGUGAUAACCGACGACCGUUCCUCAGUGUUCUUGCGACACUGGUAGAGAAGUCUAUGCACAUUCCUCUUUGUGAGGAGAUCCUCAACAUGGUGGAAGGCUGGGUGUUCCGUUCCGAAGGCACCUGGCCUACCCUCAAGGAAAAGACUGCAGUCCUCCACAAGAUGCUAUCCUUUGAGCAUCGUCAAGACUCCACCAUGUUGACGAAAUUCCUCGAACUUGUCAUUCGCAUCUACGAGGAUCCCAAGAUCACCCGCACCGAGUUGACUGUUCGCAUGGAGCAUGCGUUCCUGAUCGGCACACGCGCUCAGGACGUGGACAUGCGCAACCGCUUCAUGGCCAUCUUCGACAAGAGUCUUUCAAAGACUGCCAGUGCCCGCCUUGCCUAUGUUCUCACCUCUCAGAAUUGGGACACUCUGGCUGACAGCUUCUGGCUAGCGCAAGCAUCGCACCUUCUCCUUGGCGCAGUCGAACUGAACAACCCGAUUCAGCUGCAUCACGAAGACUUCAAGACAAUGCCACUCACUCAGCUUUUCUCGAUCCACGCCAAAGACAACAGAGACCCCACCAGCAUGUCGGACGAUAAGCUUGACACUUUGGUAACUGCCCACCGACGUUUCAUGAGCGAGCUUGGUGAGGUCAAGGUUCGAGAUCUGAUUGAGCCUCUUGUCCAACUGCAGCAUGUCGACUCUACCCUUGCUCACCAGCUUUGGUCUGCCUUGUUCCCCAUUUACUGGUCUGCGACGAUGAAGGAAGAACGCACCGACCUCGAACGUGGCAUGGUUGCCCUCCUCACCAAGGACUAUCACAGCCGCCAGAUCGACAAGCGACCGAAUGUGGUCCAGUCUCUUCUAGAGGGUGCAGCCAAGGCCUGGCCUGAUUGCAAGAUCCCGCCGCACGUUCUCAAGUACGAGGCAAAGACUUACGAUUCGUGGUACACCGCACUCGUCCAGCUUGAGAACGCGGCCAUCAAGCCAGAGAUCGAGUCGGCAACUGUUCGCGAGAGCAACCUUGAUGCACUUGUUGAGUUGUAUGCUUCUCUACAAGAAGACGACCUGUUUUACGGCACGUGGCGCAGACGAUGCCAAUUUGUGGAGACGAAUGCUGCAUUGUCUUAUGAGCAAAAUGGAAUGUGGGACAAGGCUCAAAAAAUGUAUGAGGCCGCUCAGAUCAAGGCUCGGACGGGUGUCAUUCCCUUCUCUCAAGGGGAAUACGUAUUGUGGGAAGACCACUGGGUUUUGUGCGCGCAGAAGCUGCAGCAAUGGGAGAUUCUCCAAGAUUUCGCCAAGCACGAGAACUUCCAGGACUUGCUUCUGGAAUGCGCUUGGAGGAACAACACAGAGAUGUGGCAGACACAGGAACAUCGCGAGGCGCUGGACAACCUCAUCAAGGGCGUUAUGGACGCACCGACGCCUCGACGUGCCUUCUUCCAGGCCUUCAUGUCGCUUCUCAAGUUUUACAACAAGCAAGAGACGCCCCAGGACUUUGCCAAGUCGUGUGACGAGGCCAUUCAACUCUCUAUACGGAAGUGGCAUCAGCUGCCGAAGCAGCUGACCAAGGCACAUAUUCCUCUGCUGCAGAACUUCCAGCAAUUGGUCGAGCUCCACGACGCGAGCGUGAUCUGCAACAGCUUGGCCAGCACCAACCAGUCCAACUUGGAUGUCAAGUCUGGAGAACUCAAGCUCCUGCUCGGUGCAUGGCGCGAUCGUCUGCCCAACGUCUGGGACGAUAUCACUGCCUGGCAAGAUUUGGUGACUUGGCGCCAGCACAUCUUUGGCCUCAUCAAUCAGACCUACCUCCAGCUUCUCCCUCAAGGAGGCGGACAGAAUGCCAGUGGUGCCUCAUUUGCCUACCGUGGAUACCACGAGACUGCCUGGAUCAUCAAUCGCUUCGCACACGUCGCUCGUAAACACAGCCUGCCGGAGGUUUGCAUUACACAACUGAGCAGAAUCUACACGCUUCCUAAUAUCGAGAUUCAAGAAGCCUUUCUCAAGUUGCGGGAGCAGGCCAAGUGCCACUAUGAGAACCCAGAGGAGCUUACGAGCGGAUUGGACGUGAUCAACAAUACCAAUCUCAACUAUUUCAACCCGCCUCAGAAAGCUGAGUUCUACACCUUGAAGGGCAUGUUCCUCGAGAAGCUCAAGCAGAAGGAAGAGGCGGACUCUGCCUACGGCACAGCCCUGUACUUUGACAUUACCGCCGCAAAAGCCUGGGCUGAAUGGGGCUAUUUCAACGAGCGCAAAUACAAGGAGGACCCAACUGAUAUUAACUCGGCGCGCCAAGCACUGACGUCGUACCUGCAAGCUGCCGGUAGUUACAAGAACGCGAAGUCCCGCAAGCUCAUUGCUCGCAUCUUGUGGCUGCUCAGUCUGGACGAUGCGAACGGCUCUAUUGCAGCUGGUUUUGAUGACUUCAAGGGCGAGACUCCUGUCUGGUACUGGAUCACCUACAUUCCUCAGCUCAUCACUGGUCUUGGCCACAAGGAAGCACCGAGGGUCCAUCAGAUCCUGGUCAAGAUCGCCAGGUCCUAUCCUCAAGCAUUGUACUUCCAGCUGCGAACCAACAGGGAAGACAUGCUUGUCAUCAAGAAGAACCAGGAAGCCAAGGAGAAGGCCCGCCAGCGUGCCCAGUCGACAGUGUCCAACGGCAAGCCUAGCGCUUCGCCUCAACAGCCCAAGCAAGAAGGUGUCCCGAAGCCGGAUGCUUCUGGUUCAAGGCCUGGCACUGCGAGUGGCGGCGACGCGAAUGCCUCUGUUAAGACCGAGGCAAAUGACGCCACUGGCACCCCGGCUGCUCAGGCCAAUGGCACCGCUGCUGGCGCAGACCAAUCAACCGUUGGCCAGAAGAAGCCUCCAUGGGAACUUACCGAGGAGAUUAUGAGUGCUCUGAAGACCGCUUUCCCUCUACUCGCGUUAUCGAUGGAGACCAUGGUAGACCAAAUCCAGAAGCACUUCAAGUGCCCUCCCGAUGAAGAUGCGUACCGUCUUAUCGUUGCUCUGCUCAAUGACGCGCUAGCGUACGUCAGCCGCAUGCCUUCAUCAUUCGCCAAGGAUGUCAAGCUUCCCUCCGCCACGGAGACCAACAUUACUCGCUUCGCCGAGACGAUUCUUCCAGCUCACAUCAAGAAGUCGUUCGAGGCCGAUUUCGUUACUGUCAAACCGACAAUGUACGAGUACAUCCAUAAGCUCCGACGCUGGCGAAAUAAGUUUGAGGAGAAACUGGAUCGUAGAACGACCCGCGUCUCUCUGGAAGCAUUCUCGCCGCACCUCUCCGAAUUCCGUUACCAGAGGUUCGAUGAUGUCGAGAUCCCUGGCCAGUACUUGCAGCACAAGGACAAGAAUCAAGAUUUCAUCCGCAUUGAGCGCUUCCUGCCCAAUGUUGACCUGGUACGGUCGAUCAGUGCCUCGUACCGUCGUCUCCAGAUGCGCGGUCACGAUGGAAGCAUUCACUCGUGGGCUGUUCAGCAUCCGGCAGCGAGACACUGCCGCCGUGAGGAGCGCAUCCUGCAGCUCUUCAGACAACUUAAUCAGACUCUGGGCAGAAGAAAGGAGAGUCGUCGCCGAGACCUCCAGUUCACUCUGCCAUUGAUGGUUCCUCUGGCACCUCACAUUCGUAUUGUGCAGGAAGAUACUUCUUACAUCACCCUCCAGAGCGUUUAUGAGGACCACUGCCGACGCCACGGCAUGUCCAAGGACGAUCCUGUGCUGUUCACCAUGGAGAAGUUGCGCGGCGCUCUUGACACGAAGAACUCGAAACAUGCUGAGCAGAGCGCAACCGCUCGACUCGAGGUGUUCCACGCCAUCCAGGAGAAGUGGGUGCCACAAAACUUGGCCCUGGACUAUUUCCAGAAGGCUUUCCCCGACUUUACCGAGUUCUGGCUGUUCCGCAGACAAUUCUCGUACCAGCUUGCGUCGCUCACUUUUAUGACGUACAUUUUGUACAUGCACAAUCGUUACCCGCAAAAGAUCAAUAUUGCUCGUGGAUCCGGCAACAUCUGGGGUUCGGAGCUCAUGGCGUACAUGAGUGCCGCGAAGCCCUUCUUUCACAACCCGGAGCCGGUGCCGUUCCGUCUUACGCCCAACCUCCAGACGCUCAUGGGGCCAUUGGCGACGGAAGGUAUCUUUAGCUGCGCUCUCAUGGCGAUUGCGCGCUGCCUCACGGAGCCCGAGUACGAGCUCGAGCACGCCCUUACGCUCUUUGUGCGCGAUGAGAUGAUUUUCUGGUUCACGAGCUCCCACCGGACGGUGCAAAUGACGGAGAACCAGCUCCGCGAAUCAGUGCAAGUGAACAGCGACUCAGUGGUCAAACGGGCUGUGAGCCUGGCACAGAGCCCCGUCGGUAAUUUGCCUGCCAACCAGACGGUCAUUGACCUCGUCGCGAAGGCCGUCAACCCUAUGAACCUGGCGCAGUGCGAUGCGCUGUGGAUGCCGUACUUGUAA